AGCUUUUCUCACACGGGAAGUCUUCGGCUCCAUGAGAAGAUUCAUACAGGAGUAAAAUCGUACAAAUGCUUUGAGUGUGGGAAAUGUUUCACCUGGAGUUCAGGUCUUCGGACCCACGAGAAAACACACAGAGGGGAGAAAAAUGAAAAAAUUCACACUGGAGAGAGACCCUAUGAAUGUCCAGAAUGUGAGAGAAGAUUUAUGUGUUCUUAUGCGCUUCGGAGACACCAGAAGGGGCACAAAGGGGAGAAACCUUAUGAAUGUGGGAAAUGUGGAAAAGGUUUCCUUACAAAAACAGAGCUUCAGCAUGAGAGGCUCCACACAGGAGAGAAACCGUACAGAUGCGUAGAAUGUGGGAAAUGUUUUGCUCGACAGGGAAAUCUUUGGACACAUCAUAAAAUCCACACAGGGGAGAAGCCAUAUCCAUGCUUCGAAUGUGGACAAUUUUAUUCUUCCAUAUCACACCUUAGAAGUCAUGUAAAAACUCAUACAGGGGAAAGAAAUUACAAAUGUUUAGACUGUGGGAGAGCAUUUCCUCAUUCAUAUUCCCUUAGAAACCACAGCCGAAUCCAUACAGGAGAGAAGUCCCAUAAAUGUUCGGAGUGCGAUAAAUGUUUUUCUCGGAAAGAUACUCUU